CGAGUUUGACUAGAAUCCAAGUACGAGUAUCAGUUUACUUGUAAUGAGACUAUCAGUUGAUUUUCCAAAUUUACUGUAUCCAGAAAUUCACUUUACAUUAACAUUAAUAUUUUGUUGCACCUGAACAUUUUGUUCAAUUUCAUCUAAUCAAGGGUGACUUUUUCUCAUCAAAAUGCGACAGAUAUAUUCAAGAAAGAUAGAUAUAUAUUUCAAUAUGUAUAUUUUUUAGGAGUUCAUAAGUUGCCUUCUGUCAAUCAGCAUAAUGAAGACAAAAAUGAAAUGUAUUCAAGGGAUCUGAAGAAAUAUCUGGAAGGUACUUUUCUGAAGAUUUUUAACAUGCUUGAAUCGAUACAGAAAGAAACUAACAUCAUAGCCAAAACAAAUAGAGUUGAUCAAAAUCCUCUUCAGAGAUGCUUACCUAUUGUGAAAUCAACUCAUUUUGAUUGUCUUCCCUUCGAAAGCAUUGAAGAGAUUUUGGAAUUUGAUCUCAAAGUGGCGAUUGACGACAUAUUUAAGUCAGAUUUCAUGAUUUUCGUUUCCCAAUGUGGUGGACACACCAAGAAGGAAAAUAUAAUCAGAGUGCUCAAAAAGGUUUUUGGAAACAAGAUUGCCCAAGAAUGUUCUUGGAUGGGCUUCAGGCAGAAUUUCAGGGUGGGGUCUCUGAAAUUGAUGGAUAUAAUAAGGGAUGCGAUUAACGUGAAUUUUCCUGGCACUGAAAAGGAAUUUGGAGAAAUAGCUUCGGAAUGGUUCCGUUUAGCGAAGCAAAGAUACAUGAGGGAGCAGAAAAAAGAAACCACCCAAAACCCCACGAUAUAGCAUUAAAAAAACAUUUAUAAUCCCUAUCGCUUCGGUUUUCAAAAGUGGAUAAAAGUAUUUCAGUUAGGUAUCAGUGCGUGAAACAUCAUCGAAAAAAAAUUCAUUAUCUUGCAUAUUAUUGUUGAAAUUCACAAGACAGUACUCUUUAUGUUUCCCAAUAAAGUGAGAAAAGUUUUA